CGCUUUAAAAAAAAGAACUCAAACUUGAACUUAAACUUGAACUUGCAUGUUCAAAGUGAUAUAUUCUGACACUAGCUUCAGUUAAGUAUCUAAAACUGUAAUAUCAUGACUUCUUCUUGACUCAAAAUGGAUAUCUCGUAAAUUACGACGAUUAUCGAUGAAUAUCAAGCAUAUCAAAAAACAUAAUGGAAAGUGCAGCUGCUACAGUUUUACAACGUGCAGUAGAAAUGGACAAGAAAGAACAGUAUACAAUGGCCUUGGUAUUAUAUCAAGAAGGUGUUCAAAUACUUAUUGAUACCAUGAAAGAAACAAAGAACCCGACUAAGCAGAAACACUUUGCUAACCGGACAUCAGAAUAUUUAAGUAGAGCAGAAAAGUUGAAGGAUUUAAUUGAUCAAAGAAAAGUAGCUGGAACAUACAGGGAAAUAAUUAAGAUUGAAAAUGGUAGUACAGGAAAUAGUUAUGCUUCUGUAUUUGGUAGAUUUUUGGAUGCAACAGUUACUUACAUUCAGAUUGAAGAUCCAUACAUAAGAGCAUUUCAUCAGUGUCAAAACUUUGUCAGAUUAUGCGAAUUAGCUGUUAAAAAGUGUCGUGCAUUAUCCACAAUAUCCUUAGUCACAACUCUCGAUGAAGAUGAUAAACAGCAUCAAGUAGCAAGAUUGGAAGAAUUGAGGCAGAGCUUAAUGUCUCAUCUAAUUAGAUUUGAAUUUUCAUUUUCUGAUACUCUACAUGAUAGACAAAUAUCACUCAGUAAUGGUUGGGUGAUUAAAAUAGGACGUGGUUUAGAUUAUUUUAAACCUCCUAAUGGAAAAUUUGUACUGGGUGUGUGUGACCUUGAACUGAGACCUUGUUUAGAAACAACUGUAGACAUAUUUCACAGAAAUGACUUAGACAAGAAUGUUAUAUAGCAAAAUAAAUAUAUUAUAUUAAAAAUGAACAAAAUAUUUUUACAUGUUUUUAUCAUUGACAUUAUACGAUUUGUAUAGAAUUGAACGAUGUAGUAAUUUAGUUUUUAUUUACACUUUUAUUAUACACUGUGCGUAUAAAUACAAAACUAUCAUACAAUAAAAUAUAAUAUUUUUCCAAA